AUGUUACUCGAACUGCUGUGUUUUUUGUCGAUUCUCUCUGGAGGACACUUUCAAUCUUUUGAAGGAUCCGGAGAUGAAAAUCUUGUCGAUGAAUAUUGGCUACAACGAUUGAUUGAGCAGAUUCAAAUUCCUCACUACCUAACUCAGAAAGCGUAUCAACUAACGGAGAACUCAAAGAAGGAGGUUGACGAGGAAGAACUUUUAACUCUGGAUACUUCUGUUCCCGACUACGCCAAACAGAUUUUCACAGAGCAAAUCAUUGAUUUCGAGAACGAUGACGGGUUGGUGAACGCCACUGAAAAACUGAUGUCAGUGGUGUACUUUGCUUUCCGACCAUUCGGGUGUGAUCAAGAUAACAUUUGGCCAAGUGUUUAUAAUUUGACACGUGACAACCUCGACUGCCUUGCUUUCACUUUUUUGCAGAAAGUUUAUGACAAAUCGGAGUUUACGAGAAAGUACUUGGCUCGGGCAAUCCACUUCGGAAUCACGAGUAAUGCUCCAAUUGAUCACAGGAUCCAUGAAAUGCUGGUCUACCAAUACCUUCUCCCGACUCUCGAUAGAGUUUGGUUUAACAGUAUAAAAAUCCAAUUCAAGAACAGCUUUUGGAACGAACAAGAAUUUUCGAAGUCUCCCACUUAUGAAGAUAACAGUUUUCUCUGUGGUUCCAUUCCAUUCACCGAUGAACUUCAAGGAAAAAUCAAUUAUUACUAUACAAAUAUGAAUGGACACCCCGACCCCAGAUGCAUCGAUGCGUGGAGAAAAUUCACCGUCGCCAUCGCCAAGUCACCGAUUGCUCCAAAAUGCUCGCCCUCAGCCCCACCGCAUACUAAUUUGGGCACUCAACUUGUGCUAACGAAACCGAGACUCGAUCAAGUGGCUCCGUCUCAGUCGUCCUUCAACUUUUUACCAAGUCCCCCACUCAUUUCCAUAUCUGCACCGACACCAGUAACAAACACAGAAGCGUUCGAAAACGUGGAAUGGCUCAUGCAAGUUCUGGAAUAA